AUGCCUGACUUUUCGCCGCAGCGCCUGUCCCCGGGCCGCCGGGGGCGCUCGGCCGCCAAGAGCGUGGCGGGCGGGGACCCCAACCAGACCAUCCAGGGCCAGUACUGUGACAUCUGCACGGCUGCCAACAGCAACAGGGCGCACCCCGUGAGCAACGCCAUCGACGGCACAGAGCGCUGGUGGCAGAGCCCACCGCUGUCCCGGGGACUAGAGUACAACGAGGUCAACGUCACCCUGGACCUGGGCCAGGUCUUCCACGUGGCCUACGUGCUCAUCAAGUUCGCCAACUCGCCGCGGCCGGACCUCUGGGUGCUGGAGCGGUCCACGGACUUUGGCCAAACCUACCAGCCAUGGCACUUCUUUGCCUCCUCCAAGAGGGACUGCUUGGAGCGGUUCGGGCCGCAGACGCUGGAGCGCAUCACACGGGACGACCAGGUCGUGUGCUCCACGGAGUACUCUCGGAUCGUGCCCCUGGAGAAUGGCGAGGUAGGCCCCGGGGUGGCCCCGUGGGCCUCCAAGAGGGACUGCUUGGAGCGGUUCGGGCCGCAGACGCUGGAGCGCAUCACACGGGACGACCAGGUCGUGUGCUCCACGGAGUACUCUCGGAUCGUGCCCCUGGAGAAUGGCGAGAGGAAGCGGCUCCUGGCCCCUCGCCCCCGGGGAGGCGCCCUGGAUGCAUGGGGGCGUCUGGCCGAGCUCAUGCUGCUGAGUGAGACCCGGGCCCUGGAGCUGGCCCAGGGAGGCUGUGGGCUCGGCCGUGGGAGGUGGGAUUAG